AUGUCUGUUGCUACAAAUCGACGCUCGCAACCUGCUUACAUAUCUUCCAUAUUUGAGGUACACUACGAGGUUUCCUUGACGCUCAGUGCGGCUUACGGUUAUCGAUCAGUUAACUCUGGGAUCAACUGUGCAGGCAUCGACGGCAGCACACCUUUAGAACAUGACCUACUAAUCACCUACUAUGCUGCGCAGGGGGUUGGUAUGGCCGUUGGCAACAUGCACUUCGCAUCGGGGAAGUUCUUCCUACUCAACCACGAAUCGAUACCUCGCUUGAUCACCGAGCUCAGCCAUGAGAUUCCCGCAGGCGACUCUGACAACUUCUCGGGUUGCUUGACCAAUAAUGUUGCGUUGAACUCUAUUGGCAUUAUAGUUAGCAAGCGAGUCGUUCAAGAAGACGCUCAUGAUGGGAAGGCUACUACUGUCUUCCUUAUGCGCCACACCGACUACAACCCGAUGACGGGUAAGAUUUGCGAGUUCUUAUUAGAAUACUGGUGUUGUCCAGUUCGCAACCUUGCCAAGGCCGUCAAUAUCAUUCAACUGGGCAAAGAGAUGACUGUCCAUGGUUAUUUGGCUGGCAAAUUGGUGAAGGCGGAAAGUGUUGGUGACAAGGAGAUUAAGUCUUACAUCUUCCAAGUCGAUGUCCAUUCCAUGUCUGUAGCGAGUGGUCACGAGACUAUCAGAGUGGGGGCUUCUCUUGCUACGCCCACUGCGACCAAGAUGACAAAGGGUGGAAGAGUGAGAUUACAACGUGCUACUGAGGGUGCGAACGGCGAACCCAACAGCUCUCCAACGCCAUCCACAAGUGCCAACACCGGAGGCGCCUCUCUGGCCUUAGCUAGUUCACCUAUGGUGUCGUCCAGUAGUAUUGGAGGAGGUAUACCUUCAUCGACGGCUGAAGAUGAAGCUGCAUUGGCUGCCUAUAUGCACGAUGUUUCCACCCUGGCACCCACUGACUUGGGAACUGGCAAUUCCGCCGGCCCUAGCAAACGCCCACGCAGGUCUUAG